GGCGCCGCCGCUGCCAUGCUCGGCCACCUCCGGCGAUCCACCGGCGUCCUUCGCCGCCUACAGAUCGCCAGCUCGGCCGCCUCCGACCCUACCGCUGUCUACGCGGGAUGGAGUUCAAGUGCCGAGGCCCCCUCCUUUGGUUCAUGUUGGUACAGCAAGCAUAGUGCCAGAAAUUUCUCCACUGAUGAUAAGAUUAUUACCACUGGCGAGUUAGGGCCAAGUACAUCCGUGAAGGAUAAUGAUGCAAUCAAUGAUCCCAUACAAAACAGCACAAAGGUGUUGAAACAAGGGCCUGUUGGGCACACCCUUUCAUCAUCAGAGAAAAGGAAAUCUCUUGUCAACACUCUCCUUGAUCUUGAAGAUUCUGAAGAAGCUGUUUACAGCACCCUUGAUGCAUGGGCCGCCUUUGAGCAGGACUCUCCAGUAGUCUCAAUAAAGAAAGCAAUUGUAGCUCUUGAAAAGAAGGAACAAUGGAAUAUGAUUGUCCAAGUAAUUACAUGGAUGUUGAGCAAAGGGCAAGGAAAUACGCUCGGAACAUACGAGCAGUUAGUGCGUGCACUUGCGAAAGACAACAAAGCUGAGGAAGCACAUGAAAUCUGGGAGAAGAAAGUGUCCCAUGACCUGCGUGUAGUUCCUUGGAGUUUCUGCCGUCAUAUGUUGGCUACUUACUACAGAAACAAUAUGCUAGAUAGGCUUAUCAAGCUUUUCAACGAUCUUGAAGCAUGUGGUCGUAGUAAAGGACGUAUACGAAGAGUUAAAGUUGCAUAUGAAAAACUUGGCCUAUUAGAGGAGAAGGGUUUGUACAACAUGCCAUCAGUCAGUGAUAGAAAGAAUGGUCGACACUUCAUGAAGACUGAGAAGAAAGCUGACAAAGGCACGAAACAAUGCAAGGUGAAAACAUCUGAAAGUCUACCAGUUAACACUUGCCCUUCAGAUAAGGAACCGGCUGCCAGCAGUAGUCAAGAUACAAAGUAAAGCAAUGCAAUUGCUGGCAUAUUUGAAUACAGUUAUGUUUCUUGUAACCGCCAACUCUGCCAUUUUAUCUCGUUGUUCCCCUUUCAGAUCCAGUACCCAUGGUGCCAUCGGAAUCAGACAAGAAACUGAUAGAGCUAAUAUUAUAAUACUCCUACUAACACUUCUGCGCAACACCUUGUUUCUUAAAUCUUUGAUCUUUAGGACAAUUUUUUAUUUCUCAAUUGUUAGAGGAAUUGUUGGCUAAAUAUUAUAAUAUCUGAGUAUUGUAAUUUGCGGGCACUUGAAUGUAAUCAACUAAGGCAGUAUACAUGUGUUGACAUCUUUUGUUGCACAAUGGGCAGCCAAAUUCUUCAAUUCCUUUUA